AAUGAUAGAUAAUUCUCCUAUUUUCAGACCAAAUAUGGCAGGGCUGGUUUCUUGUUUGCUGAAGGGGGUUCAGCUCACAAAUUUCUGUUCUAAUAAUCUUUCAAAUACAAUAAGCGUUCUUGGAACACUUAGUCAAGUCAGAUUCAAGUCAAAAGUUAAACCCAAACCUACUCGUCCUUGGACUGGAACAAAUCAUUAUAAUCAUAAGGCAUUGCAAGAAUGGUGGGAUUGGGACGGAUGUGGUCCCUACAAAUACCGUCAUCAUCAUUAUCCAAACAAUAUCACCCUUAGGGAUGUCCAGCGAAGGAGAAUAUUCAAGAGAUUACAUUUUGAGAGAGCUUCAAGGGAAAAUAUAAUUGACAACGAUAUUCUUCCCGCCGAGAUACAAGAUAUUGCUGGACAGGAGAUCCAAGAUCUGCCAUAUGACUCCGCUACUUGGAGACCGAAUAUGAGAUGCUGUGUGACCGGUAGGGCGCGAGGUCACUAUAAGGAGUAUAGGGUCAGCAGGUUCAUUUUCAGGGCUGAAGCGGACCAUAAUCGUGUAAGCGGUGUACAGCGCGCGUUCUGGUUGUACAAUACCAAGAUUGAACCCUAGACAAAAGACAUGUACAUAAUUCAAAAAUAAAAUUAUUUGAGUCUGUUGUUCUUGUUUCAGA